GUUAAAGGCGGAGAGAGAGAAGGCGCGCGAGGGGGGAAGGUACGAGCGAGAGAUCAUCGCCAACUCCCACUCUUCAAUCGUCAGGCGAACUGUCCCACUCUCAUCUGCAUUUCCAAUCCUUGGUUCUCCUCCCGGGAAGGCAAAAAAGAUUUGGAGAGCCAUCGCGAUGGUGGAGAGGAAAAAGACUGCCGUAGGCGGGGGUGCCGUAGCGGGAGGAGGAAGAAGGCAGGGGGUGAGAACUUGGGCGCUGAGGGUGGGCACGAGCAUAAUGUUGUGGACGAUGAUGAUGCAGCUGAGUUCCAUGCCGCAUGUUUGGCAACCGCGGCUGACUUGCUUUGGAGGUCGAGGAAGGGAUCCUAAUUCCACCAACUACUCCAUUCUCGAAAGCAAGUACCCGCUUGAAAGUUCGAAGACUUCUCCGCCGGCGUUAAUACCGAGAAGGGUUUACAAAAGCAAUGGUUAUCUUCUGGUUUCUUGCAAUGGAGGUCUCAACCAGAUGAGAGCUGCGAUCUGUGAUAUGGUCACAAUAGCUCGGUAUUUAAAUCUGACAUUGGUUGUUCCUGAACUUGAUAAAAGGUCUUUCUGGGCAGAUCCAAGUGACUUUGGUGAUAUUUUUAAUGUUAGACAUUUCAUCAAUUCUUUAAGAGAUGAAGUGAAGAUUGUUAAAUCACUCCCAAAUAAAUUAGAUUCCAAAGUUACCAGCGGGCUAUUCUCAAUGCCCCCUGUCAGCUGGUCUAGAGAGACAUACUAUCUAAAUCAGGUCUUACCUCUUAUAAGGAAGCACAAAGUACUUCAUUUCGAUAAAACAGAUGCUCGGCUCGCAAACAAUGACCUUCCCACCGAGCUCCAAAUGUUACGAUGCCGUGUUAAUUAUGAAGCAUUAAGAUUUACUCCGCAGAUUCAAGCUCUAGGUGAGAAGAUUAUUUCAGUUCUUCGGAAGAACGGAUUUUUUGUAGUGCUGCAUCUGCGAUAUGAGAUGGAUAUGCUAGCAUUCUCUGGUUGUACUCAUGGAUGUUCUGAUGCUGAAAUUAAUGAACUCAUAAAGAUGAGAUAUGCAUACCCAUGGUGGAAAGAGAAAGAAAUCGAUUCGGAAAGUAAAAGAUUGGAAGGUCUAUGUCCUCUUACACCAGAGGAAAUGACAUUGGUGCUACAAGCAUUAGGAAUUCCAAGGGACACUCAGAUUUAUAUAGCCUCAGGAGAAAUAUAUGGCGGUGAGGGAAGGCUGGCUGCUUUGAAGUCUGUAUUUCCUAAAAUUGUAAGAAAAGAGAUGAUCCUAAGUUCCUAUGAGUUGGGCCCCUUCCAAAAUCACUCCACUCAGAUGGCUGCACUAGACUACCUGGUUUCUAUUGCCAGUGAUAUAUUCAUUCCAAGCUAUGAUGGCAACAUGGCAAGAGUUGUCGAAGGGCACAGAAGGUACAAUGGAUUCCUUAAGACCAUCCUCCUCCAUAGAAAAUUACUGGUGGAGCUUCUGGAUUUGUACCAUGAGGAGAAGCUAUCAUGGGAUCAGUUCAGAAAUGCUGUCAUUGAAGUUCACAAGAACAGGAUUGGCCUGCCAACAUUAAGAAAGGCCAUUCCUGGGAGACCAAAGGAAGAGGAUUAUUUUUAUGCCAAUCCUCAAGAAUGUCUCAGCUCACCAAAAACUUCCAAGUACCAGAUGGACAUGCUAUAGCAUCUGCAUCCAAACCAUCAGACCUGAACUCAACUUACACUUGAGAGCAAUUUUGUUCUCUCCUUAGCAGCUCCGGUCAUUCUGGCUGCCAUUGAUGAGGCACCUCUGAAGUAAAUUUUCCUGUGGAAGAGAGGAGAUGCUUAUUGAGCACCAGUGCAGCUUAAGCUGUUGGCUGAAUUCUCUCUGCGAUACUUAGAUUUAGAUUUACAGUUCUUGAAUAGGUGAUCUAACAGGAUUAAGGCUUCGUUUGAGACAUCUUUUUUGUUGCUUUUUAAAACAGUUUUUUAGUACAAAAAUUUAUACUAGAAAACCGUUUUAUGAAGCAGUGCGAAAGCUGUCCCAAACGAAGCCUAAAUCACGUUUAAAUCACUUUCUAUGUGAAACACAAAGAACUUUUGUAUGUCUUGAAUCAUCAGGGAAAAGUUUGAUGGCAAUAGCUCUUAAGAUGCCUUCAUAUAGAUGAGUGAAUUCUUGAUGCAUAAUAUUUGAUGAAU